CUGGUGAGCCUUGAGGCAGAUCGUCCAAGGGGAGAGAAGAGGACACAAAAAGAAGAAGAAGCCAAAGCUGAGGCCAGGAGCGGCACGCAGCUCACAGUACGUGCAAGCGAACUCGUUCCACGCGCACGCCAAGGCGCGUCGUUGAUUGUGUGUGUGUGUGUGUGUGUGUGUGUGUGUGUGAGAGAGAGAGAGAGAGAGAGAGAGGAGAGAGAGAGAAUGGUUUCGGCGACGACAGACUUGUGUGAUGGGAACGAGGGGAAGUUAGCAGCGGGUGAGGUGCGGGUAUUAGCGCCUGUGUUCUUGAAGGAUGUAGGAGGAGCACGGUCGUUCUGGGGAAAGGUGGUGACUGUGCAGGUGUUUGAGGACAACGUGAAAGUGCGCGAGCUGCUGGAGAAGGAGGACGAUGGGAAACAAAAAGUGUUGGUUGUUGACGGCGGAGGGAGCUUGCGCUGCGCUUUGCUGGGCGGAAACCUCGCGGCGCUGGCGGAGAAGAACGGAUGGUCAGGAAUCAUCGUCAACGGCUGCGUGCGCGACGUCGGCGAGAUCAAUGGUUGCAACGUGGGAGUGAGAGCGCUGGCAGCCCAUCCUCGCAAGAGCAAUAAGAGAGGACACGGACAAGUCAACGUGCCUGUGUCAUUCGCAGGCGUUAGAAUCUGUCCUGGAGAAUGGUGUUACGCCGAUGCUGACGGAAUAAUCGUCUCUGCUACCCCUCUUCACUAGCCUCUCUCUCUCUCUCUCUCUCUCUCUCUCUCUCUCUCUCUCUCUCUCUCUCUCUCUCUCUCUCUCUCUCUCUCUCGUUCUCUCUCUCAGAGUUGGCAUGCACACGCACCUGUGAUCCCUUUCUGCCUCUCUCUAUAAACACUCCACCUCCAUGUCUACGUGCCGCCCCCUCCCUCCCUCCCUCCCUCCGUCGAUCCUUGCGUCAGUAGAUCUGUAUGUAACCUCCCUCUUAACUUGCAAUUUUGCCCCUCCUUCCGGGAAGAAUGUUGCAGGGAUACUUCCCUGCAGCUGGGAAGUUUAUUAUUGGGUUGUAUGCCCCCAAUCCGUUCGUCGUAGCUAGCCGAAACGUUCGUUCGCUCUUUCGGUCAGAAUUUUUUUUUUUUUUUUUUUUUUGUUGUUUGUUCUUUUUCCCUCGGGACUUCUCAGUUGCUGCUUGCUCCUCUCACGAUCGAUGCUCAUUGUGUAAUCCCAUCCAUGCCCUCCAAGGACAUUUCUAAUCACACAUAAUUACAACCCGCUCUCCAUCCCCAUCCCUCCACCUCCACCUCCACCUCCAUCUCUCCAUCUCCAUCCCUCCACCUCUUUCCCUCCUCCUCUCUCUCCCACGGCCAUCAUCUUAUCGCGAGUUCCCAUCU